AUGGCUCAGAGCAGGCCCGGUCAGGAAGGGGGUGUGUCAGACCUGGAGAUCAUCUCACAUCAGGUGGAAGAGGACAGCCAGUGCAUCGCCCCCGUACAGCUGGUCAGCUUCGCCUACCGCGACCUGCCGCUGGCCGCGCUCGACCUCUCGCUGGCCGGCUCGCAGCUGCUCUCCAACAUGGACGAUGAUGACCAGCGUGAGAGCUCGAACUGGCUGAAGCCGUGCUGUGGGAGGCGAGCGGCAGUCUGGCAGGUGGUCCUGCUGAGUGUUGGGCUCAACUGCUUCCUGGUGGCAGCUGUGAUCCUGGUCGUCCUUCUCCUCACUCUGGAACUCCUCAUCGACACCAAGCUGCUUCAGUUUAGCAGUGCAUUCCAGUUUGCUGGAGUCAUUCACUGGAUAAGUCUCGUCAUCCUCUCUGUCUUCUUCACAGAGACUGUCUUCAGGAUUGUUGUUCUUGGCAUUUGGGAUUACAUUGAGAACAAAGUUGAGGUGUUUGACGGUGCGGUGAUCGUCCUGUCCUUGGCGCCCAUGGUGGCUUCGACAGUGGCAAACGGACCCAGCAGCCCGUGGGAUGCCAUCAGCCUGAUCAUCACCCUUCGCAUAUGGAAGGUCAAGCGCAUCAUUGACGCGUACGUUCUGCCGGUGAAGGUGGAGAUGGAGAUGGUGGUGCAGCAGUACGAGAAGGCCAAGCAGGUCCGCGAAGAGCAGCUCGAGCGACUGACACAGAUCUGUCAGGAGCAGGCGUUCGAGAUCAGGCAGCUGAGGGCUCACCUUGCCCAGCAGGACCUGGACCUGGCGGCCGAGAGGGAGGCCGCCAUGCAGAUGCACCACGUCUGGAACAAGCAGACCAACAAGUUUCAAGUGGUGGACGGGUCAAACGCAGGAGGGUCCGACGACGAUGGUCCCGAGAGUGUCAUUGGCCCACACCAGCCACCAAGUAAGGAACCCCUUCAACCCACGCAGGAAGCAGCCAUGAGCGACGAUAUGAACAAUUACAUCAGUCAGUAUUACAGUGAGCCGAGCAGUGAGCCGGCGGUCCCAGAGAGCGGAUCCCACGUCAUUACCACUGCUGCUAUUGACGUCCACCUCCCCAGCACGCUUCACAACACCUCGUCCGAUUUCCUGAGUGUUGAGGUGCCGGCUCAGCUCAGUUCUGUGAGUGACCCCUCCAGAUCCAUAGACAAUGGCGCCACGCCGGCUGAGAGUGCCCUGGGCUCUUCCACGGACUGCGGCAUGCCCAGGGAGAACUCCUCUGAAAGCUACCUGCUCAAAAGGCACAAAGACAAUGAGGAGGCCACGGCGCCGAAUGAGCCAAGCAGAGCAGUGCAGCAACUGCUCUCUACCUUAUCAGAGGACAGCUGCCUCACGCAGAAAGGACUGGACCCCGUCAACUUUAAGCCACCGAGUCCGCCUGUGUCCCCUGAUGCCAGCCCAGAGAUGGGACACAGAGUUAACCUCUGCAACAAAAGAAACCAGGACCAUCUCCAUGUCUACCCAACAAAGCAGGUUAUCCCAAUCCAAGGGAAUGAUCUGGCGCUGGAUGAGAAGUACAGGUUCCUGGAAUCUACAGAGCCGACAGCAAACAGACUGCCAGAGUCAUAG